AUGGCUCUGACUGCUACUGAAUUCUGCCCCGUCUAUGCUCCCUUCUUUGGAGCCAUCGGCUGCACUGCCGCCAUUGUCUUCACCUGUUUCGGCGCUUCUUACGGAACCGCCAAGUCUGGUGUUGGUAUUUGCGCUACCUCCGUCCUUCGACCUGACCUGCUCAUCAAGAACACAGUCCCCGUGAUUAUGGCUGGUAUUCUUGCCAUUUACGGUCUCGUUGUUUCCGUCCUUAUCUCCGGAUCUCUCCAGCAGCAAUCUUCUCUGUACGCCGGUUUCAUCCAGCUCGGUGCUGGUCUGUCCGUCGGUCUGUCCGGUCUCGCUGCCGGCUUCGCUAUUGGCAUUGUUGGUGACGCUGGUGUCCGAGGUACCGCACAGCAGCCUCGACUUUUCGUUGGUAUGAUUCUUAUUCUCAUUUUCGCCGAAGUCCUGGGUCUCUAUGGUCUUAUUGUUGCUCUUCUGCUCAACUCCAAGGCCGGUGCUGACGUGCAGUGCUAA